UUUGAACUCAUUAUGAAUUCUCCCUGUCAUCAAAUUCUUUCCAACAGAUGGAUAAGAUAACAUUCCUACUAUUCUUCUUGUACUUAUUAUUCUUGUUCAAAUGUAUUUCGGGCACUUCUGAUGACUGCAGUCCGGCCUCAUGCAGUCCCACGGGACCUCAGGUCCGGUUUCCAUUCCGUAUCCGCAAUCAACAACCAUCACAUUGCGGAUAUCCCGGCUUUGAUAUCUCGUGUAACAAACAAAAUCAGACCAUCCUUAACUUAACAUCCUCUAACUCAUCAUACCUUGUCAACAAAAUUUCCUAUAGUGGCCAGAUUAUCUACGUUGAUCCAGAGUUCUGUCUCCCAGAACGUAUCAGCAAUUUCAGUCUAACUGGGACGGCUUUUGAUUUCAACAGCAUACGGAGUUAUAGGUUUUACAACUGCUCUAUACAGAAGUCCAGUUACAUGCUUCCGGGUGUGCAUUUACCAUGUCUAGGCAAUGUGAAUUAUUCUGUUAUUGCUGUACAGACUGCAAUGAUCCCAGAAAGAGAGACACCUUAUAAGGAUUGUCAUGAUAUAGCGACAAUCUCUGUGCCCAUAAGGUGGUAUGGCCAUAUGAAGCAGGAAUUGGAGUUGAUGUGGUUUACGCCUUUUUGUAGAUCUUGUGAAGUUGAAGGUAGACUUUGUGGCUUGAAACGAAAUGAUGGACAAACUACCUGCUAUGGUUCUACUACUGAUGGUAUUCGAAGGAGUGCUAAGCAUGGAUUGAUUAUAGGCAUUGGGGUAUCGAUAUUAAUAUGUAUCCUUGGGAUUGUAUGGUACGUUGCUAACAAAUCUAGGGAAUACGGUCAAACUGUGCACCAAAGUAGUAGUAUUGAUAUAUUGUCAAUCACCUUAUCUCCACGCCCACAAUCGUCACCGGGGUUAGAUUCGUCAACGAUUGAGUCUUACACGAAGACAGUGCUUGGAGAGAGUCGUAGACUGCCAAAGGAUGAUGACACGUGUCCAAUAUGUCUUUCGAAAUAUAAACCUAGAGAGGCAUUAAGGACAAUUCCUGAAUGUAAUCACUAUUUUCAUUUGGAUUGUAUCGAUGAGUGGCUUAAGUUGAAUGCAACUUGUCCAAUGUGUAGGAAUUCACCUGAAAGGGACAUAUUUGGUUACAACUUUUCUUCAUUACCAGCUUUCCCAAAUUCUCUUCAUAAUAAACUAUACAUAUUACUCAUCAAAAAGGUGAAUAGGUACCAGAGCUAA